AAGAAAAAGAAGACUACCGGAAGUAACGCAGAAGAAGAGAGAGAGAAACAUUAGUAAAGAUGGCGGAGAAAAGCAGCACGGAGCGUACGGAGGAUGACAACAUGGAUGAAAAUGUUGCUCCCGGAGCAUCUAUGAUGGUGGUGACCGUCAAAACGCCUAAUGGAAAAGAGGAUAUUUCAAUUCCAGAAGGUUCCUCUGUCUCCCAGUUCAAACAGGAGGUAUCCAAAAAGUUUGAGGCCCAGCAGGACCAGCUGGUGUUGAUAUUUGCUGGAAAGAUUCUGAAGGAUGGUGAUAGUUUAAACCAGCAUGGUAUCAAAGAUGGCCUGACCGUUCAUCUUGUCAUCAAGAAUGCCCCAAAAUCGACAGGUGACAGCACGUCUCAGACAAGUUCCCGUUCGGCAGCAGCUCAAAAUAGCAGCAGCAGCAGCAGUAGCAGCAGCAGCAGCAGCAGCACCAACACCACCGCAGCAGGAAGUGCCACGAGUCAGAGACCAACACCUCCUGCAAGUGCAAUGGGUGGACUCGGUGACCUGUCCGGCUUGUUAGGUCUGGGCAUGGGUUCAUCCAGCUUCAUGGAGAUGCAGCAGCAGGUGCAGAGUCAGCUGAUGUCCAACCCUCAAAUGCUUACGCAGAUGAUGGGCAACCCGAUGGUGCAGAACAUGAUGUCCAACCCAGACCUGAUGAGACAGAUGCUUGCGAGCAAUCCUCAGAUGCAGCAGUUCAUGGGACGGAACCCGGACGUCUCCAGCAUGUUCAGCAACCCUGAGCUCAUGAGACAGAUUCAGAGUCCAGAAACUAUGUCUAUGAUGACCAACCCCAGAGCCAUGCAGGCCCUCGUACAGAUCCAACAGGGCCUGCAGACCUUACAGACAGAAGCCCCGGGGUUCAUGUCCAGAUUGUCUCCUGGAGGUCUCACAGUUCCUCCAGCCACAGGGGUCAGCAUCCCCCUAGAGAACCCUCAGCUUCCUGCCAUGGCAACCGGAACCAGCCCCUCCUCAGCCACCAGUCCCUCUGACCAACAGCUCCUCCAGCAGAUGUUACAGAUGUUCGGAGGAGGAAGGCCAACAGGAGGCUCCUCCUCCUCCUCCCUCACCCCCGAGGUUCGUUUCCAGCAGCAGCUCGACCAGCUCAACACCAUGGGCUUCAUCGACCGCCAGGCCAACCUGCAGGCACUCAUCGCUACCGGAGGGGACGUCAACGCCGCCAUCGAGAGACUGCUGGCCUAACUCACACAAGGUGGAAGACUGGUAGAGUUGUGGACUGGAAUGGGAGAUUUAAAAAGAAGUUAACACAAGAAUGAAGUGCUACAUCAAACGCAAGACUGACCUGACACCCAGAUAUCCCUUUAUUAUCUAGCUGAUCUGUAAAUCAUAGGAAGUAUCAACAGGGAGGUUGGGAAAUAAGUGGGAGAGGUUGACGAAGGUUGGUUUCUAACAGAAUUGGUUCUAUUCUGUCCCAGUACUGCUGCUGUUGAAUAACGCCACUACUUUCACUGUUGCCGACCAAUAAGUAACUCCCAUCCAGUGCAGCCGGAGAUGAUUUCUGACAUGGCAAGUGCUCAUUCACUGGAGGUCACCAAGGAGUUAACUUUUAAUUGUUACUUAGAUUUACAUUAUUUAAUUUUAACAGAUUGUAUUUACAUGGUUAGAUAAAGAGUUUCUAAUUUGGUCGUUGUUGCAGUAGGUUGGAUGAUGGUCUUCUUUGCUUGUUUUUACAUGUUUUUUUUUUUUUGUUUUUUUUCAUUCUCUUGUCUGGUAUUUAUCUAAGUUAUCUCUCUUCAAGGUUUCUUUUUUUUUGUACCCUGACAGGUGCUUGGAAAUGCUGCGUAAAUGUUAAAGGAUUGGGUUUGGAUUCUAGGACCAAAUGUGUGUAAUGUGUGUGUGGGGAGAGGGUUGGACAAUGGGAACAUUUAGCAGCGAUUUUCCUCAGGUACAUUUGUCAGGUUUUUCAUUUGCAGAUUAAGCCAAAACAUUUUCAUCGAAUUGUUUUAAUCUAUAAAUUGUUCUACAAAGGAAGCCCCAGAAACACAAUAUCGCCUUAAAAAUAACAUAUACCGCACAUCAGAAACCUCUAGUCAAAACCAUGUCCUUGGAAUUCACUUUGUUAGCAAACUGGUUUGUUUCAAGUUGAUUUCCUGUCGAUUAACAGUGUAAAAGUAAAUAAACUUCCACUUCCAAACAUUUAGAUUUUUUGGUUCUAAUCUAUAAAACGGUGUCUCUAUGAAGUGUCAAUGCCCUAAUGAUACUGUGAUUAAUUAUGGUUUUGGAUUACUCAAUAGAAAUUGUUGAAAGCCAUUGUUGCCAUGUUGGGUUCUGCAAUUUAUUGAAAAAUAAUCUGUGAAAUCUAAUUUUGCAUGUCUCCCUAUAUGGACAAAGUAGCCAAAACAGUUUUUUCCAGUCCAAUAAAUAAUUUGCAAUUUG